UGGUGCUGAGCUCUGACUCCUCACUACGGACAAGUCUAGAUCACCAUCACCGGGACGCACGGGAAUCACGCACAGGAAUCCUCGUUUAUUUCGUAUGCUUUCUCGGAUCGCCCCCAUUCGAACCCCAGCAUGACGGACCUCGGUCUCGUCUUUUAGGGAGAACAAUGGUACGCUUCAAAUGUACAUUUUUACUGAGCUGCAGCUGAGCUUUCAUUCAGAGUCCAAGUGGAUCCACACAGCGGGAUGGAUACAAAUUGGUUUGCAGUGCUCAAACUUUUGGCUGUUGGGAUUUUAGUCAAUGCCUGGUUGGUUGGAGGAUUGUCAGCUACAGAGAGUUUCAACAUCGAACCCACCUCUGCCCGGCCAAGGAGACCCUGCAACGAGUCGCGCUUGGAGUGGGAAGUGGAGGUCUGCGGUGAAGACUUCAAGCGCAACAUGGCUCACAUAGACCCUCAGUAUUGGUGUAACCUCACUCACUUUAUCAGUGAGUACCAUGUCUUUACGCUCUGUACAGAGACCAAAUCCGACGUUGUCCACUGCUACUGGCCUAAUCCACUGGUGGAGAGAUACAUCAUCCGCAUACACAAGCACUUUUUCUCCAACUGCACUUUGGAGCAGGUGGUAUGGGUGGACCCUCCUGACAACACGUUAACUAUCCUCAUCCUAAUUCCUGUUUUCCUCACCUUGGCCAUGAUUGUCCUGGUGGUGUGGUGCAGCAAGAGGAGCGACAACCUAGCUUAGAAGGAGAGGGAGACGUUAUACCGUUAUGUAAGAGGGGAGCUGGACUGUGAAUAAAAGACAUCAUCAGAACAUGCAUCCAUUUUCAACACCGCUUAUCCUGGUUAGGGUCGCUGGAGCCUAUCUCAGCUGACUUCGGGCGAAAGGCGGACUACACCCUGAACUGGUCACCAGUCAGUCGCAGGGCACAUAUAGACACGGACAACCAUUUGCACUUACAUUCACAACGCCACUGAGUGGGAACUGAACCCACGCUGCCUUGCACCAAAGUCAGGCGAGUGUACCACUGCACCAUCAGUGACUCAUCAGAACACCACUGUACAAAAUGAAGCAGUGUUCGAAAGUUUUGGGAGGUUGAUUUAGACGGUCAUUUGAUCUGCAGAUGUUCCAGCAAUCCACCACCUAAAGAUAACAAUAAAAAGUUAAAACAUUGUGGGUGCUUUCACACUAGCAUCAUGUAAUCAGUUUUCAUCAAACUCUAGUUCAUAUUCCCCCCUCAGUGUGAUUAUUUGCUCAAGUGUAAAUGCAGUAAUUGACCAAAUCAACCGGUUCGAGGUCCAAACAAACUGGCAUUGUUCGGUUGUGUUGAGAAAGGGGUCCAAUCUCGAUCUGAUCCACAUGGCAAAUCAGGUAAGACCUAAAAGACAUAACAGUGAUGUAAAGACAUACAACAUUUGUUUUCCUGUUUAGCAAAUUAGCAGUUUGCAUGUUAACUGAAAACAGAAUGUCUUCUUUGGACAAUCAAGAUGCUCACCAAGUUGCUGGUCUCCUGUAGCCUGUUGGAUUGCCAAGAUAAGUAUUAAAGCUAUCGGAAAAAGCCAGUUUUGUGUUACGUUGUGUUGUUUUCCUUUCUAGUCUGUACACCAAAACAUUCCUCCUUUUUAGAGCGUUAUCACACAGGAUUUGUUGCGAUCAAUUUUGGUUUGUUUGUAUUUUUAUUCAUUUUUUUUUACCAUGUGAAAAUGAAUCAAACCAUGAUGAAGCGGAUGUAGUUUCCUGAUUUGGACCCAUUAGGCCAAUUACAUAAUGCAUCGCCAGUCUUGUCCUUUGGCAUCAUACAUGACACAAGGGGCUUUUAAUUAACACCAACAUAAACCAAUCAAAGUCUACAUAAUACAGUAUCUUCCUAGAUAGGCUAAAUUAUAUGAUUUUGGGUAAUUCUGUUCAUUUUGUCAAAAUUCCAUUUGAAAACAAAACACAACCUUUGUCUAAACCCGCUCACUGUUGUGGCUAAACCCAUAGUGAUAGUUGAUGGUGUGAAUAUCAUACCAAACCAUCAUGUUCAUUGACUUUAUUUGCAGUUGCAAAGCAUGGUGGGAACCACAAAAGAGACAAUAGUCUCCCACCCAAACAUUAAGGCCACAAAGGUCUUGUCUCAAGCCUCCUGUGCCAUUUACGGAUUUCAAAGGUUUAAAGUAAGGAUUAAAAUCUAUUUCGGAACUAUUCCAUUCCACUUCUAUUUGUACAAAUGACAAUAUGGUUUAUCAAAACUGGUAGACAGAGUUUGCUCCCUUCCAAUCAUAAAGGUUGAGUUUUUUUGUUUGCUUUAUAUUAAGCUGUUCAUCCAGGCACUGGUUGCUAAUCUAACUCUGGAAAGAAUUCAUGUAUAUUUGCCAAAAAUUCAAACUAUUUAUUGUAUUUGCCUUAGAGUUAUAUGUGCAUAUCCAGUGCGAAACAAUAUGACCUUUUUAGGUUUUGAACACUUCGAUGUAGAAAUCGACUGGGCAGACCGAGACCAGUGACCUUGGACGUUCUUGUCAGUCAGCGCACUGUAUUCUAGCGGAAGGCCAAAGUAUCUGGUGAUGGAACUCUUUCAACUCAUGGGAAAUAAGAUUCCCAAAGGACAACAUUUUAAACAUGAUACAUGAAAGGAUGAAAAGGACCCUAAACAUGGACUUAAAGGGAUUCUGCAAGUUUCCACUCACUGCUGAGUUACUCAUGGGGCAGUCGUCACUGGAAAUGAUAAACAAACAUGUGACAACACUAUGAUUCAACUAUUUUGAGUCUCUUGUGGCUGUUUUAUAACAGUGUAACUUAUCAGAUACUGAAGAAUAAAAUACUGUUA